UUUCAGGCAUAGGGUCUGUAAGAAACGAGGAGGAAGGCAAGUCAUGGUUCCGAGGGAGCAGUAAAGUUACUUUUAAAUUAUCUGACAGACAACUGAGAUGUUUACAAAUAAUCAAAGACAAGAAGAAAGAACCGGAAAAUAUGGAACCCCAAGACUCCAAUACCUUCAGGAGUUGGUGAACCAGUUUCAGAAUGCAGCGGAUGAAGAAAGAAAAGAGAGGAUAGUUGCUAACUUGGCAAACUUUGCUUAUGAUCCUUAUAACUAUACAUUCUUGCGUCAGCUAAAUGUUUUGGAGCUAUUCCUUGAUUGUAUAACAGAACCAAAUGAGAAGCUUGUGGAAUUUGGGAUUGGAGGAAUAUGCAAUUCUUGUGCUGAUCCAGCAAAUGCUGCUAUCAUCACUCAGUCCGGAGGCAUACCCCUCACUAUCCAAUGUUUAUCAAGCCCAGUAAGAAACACUGUUAAUUAUGCUCUUGGUUCUCUUUAUUAUCUCUGUAACUCAUCUACCAAGGAAGAGAUUCUAAAGCCAGAAGUUUUAGAUGUUAUCAAGAGGUAUGCUGCUUGUGAAACAGUAAAUGUAAGCUUCAGUAAUCUGGCUAAAGCUUUCUUAGACAAGCAUGUGUAUGAAAACAAGUGACAUUAGCAUGCUUGAUGUUGAUAUGGAAGAUUCAUCCCCAGUUCAUUGUCCAAAACGAAUACAUUCUUCCAAUGAAAGUCGUCAUCGUUGUCGUCAUCUAUUUCACAAUAUAAGUUUUCAUCCAUUUUUUCUUAGAAAAAAGAAAGUUUUGUACAGCUAUCAGAGUCCUGUAAUAUUUUGGCAUUUUCAGAAGCUAAUUUAACUGCACAAGCUGAUUACUGAAUUUUAUUGCAUAAAAUCUCAAUACAGGCAAAGUGAAAUUUAAUGUUGCCAA